GAUGUUAAAUCAAAGUGAUAUUAAUAACGUAGAGAAUGUAAUUUAAUAGGUUAUUGAUUCUCUUUCGAUUUGUAGGCAAAGGAUAGAAGAAUUACACAUUGAAAAAGAGUCACAUGAUAAAAUGAAGGAAAAUAUGGACUUAAUUAAAUCUAGCUAACAAGAUUUUCAUCAUAUAAUUAACGAAUAUUUUAAGGUAGUUGGAGAGAAUUUUAGAACUUUGUAAAGUAGAUACCCAAAUUCUGAAGUUAAAAGUAUUUAAAAUACUAAUGUUAGAGGAUGUAAUUUCACGAUUAGAUGAAUAUACAUAAAUUUUAGAUAAUUAAGCCAUAAAAUUAGCUGAAAAUUAAUACACAUAAAAGGAUUAUGAAUACUUUACAUCAUAAAAUUAUCCAAAAUUAAUGUAUUUUAUUCUAAUAUAUGUUUUAGAGAUGAUUCAUCGAAAGAAAUUGAUGAAUUAGCAACUUAUUCAUAAAAAACAAGUAGAUAAGAUCAAGAUUUAUUACCUUAAGUUAAAGUUAAUCAUAGAGUUGUAGAAGGCUUAUAUUUAACACUGAAUGAUUAUGCUUCAGUAUAAUGGAGUGGUGAUAUACCUGUUGAAAAUUGUCAUAAACCAAUAAUUGAAUCUAAAGGAGGAAUUGCAUUGAAUCAUUUAAUUAUUUUAGAUGAACGUCAUCUUUAAUAUGGACUUUAUGAUAUUGCCACUAAUUAGUAUUAAGUUCAUUAAUAUAAUUCAAAAGUGAAUAUUAAUUAUUCACCAACUGUUGUAUAAGGAGAAUCCGGCUAAACUUAUCUAAUAGGAGGAGUUACUUAAUAAGGAUUAAUAAGUGCUUCAUUUAAUUAAUUGGAUGUUAAUUCUGGUUAAAUUACUAGUUUACCAGAUAUGAAUGUUAAAAGAGUUGGUUGUAGUAGUAUUCUCAUUAGAGAAGGAGAUUGUUAAUAUCUUUAUGUGAUUGGUGGAAAAUCAUGUAGCAAAGUGAAAACUAAAUUAUGUGAAAGAUUCAAUUUUACAACCUAAAAAUGGGAAUUUAUUACAAAAAUGAAUCAUGCAAGGUCUAAUUCAGCAAUUGCAAAACAUGAUGAUUAUAUUUAUGUUUUCUUUGGAAUAGAUUCUGAAAAUUAGAAUUCAAACGUUAUAGAAAGAUAUAAUUAUGGUAACACAAAAACUUGGGAAAUAAUUGGAAUUUAAAAUUCAUUACCAGGAUUUGACAGUUCAAAUUGCUCAGCAAUCUCUAUCAACUAAAGUUAGAUUUUGUUAUUGGGAGGAAUCAGAUAUAGUAUCAUAUUCAAUGAUUAAAUGUACUUUAAUCGAAAAUUACUUACAUUAAACACAACGAACAGUACAUUUUCGGUAUUGGAUAAUUAAUUGCCAAUUGAUUUUAUACCUUACUCUCAUAUGGUUAUUUAUAACAAUGAGAUAUAUGCUAUUGGAUAUACAAUGAAGUAAGUUGAAGUUAAACCAACCCUUUUUUUAGAUGGAGGCUUUGUAUUAAAAAUUAGUAAAGAUUAUGUAAAAAUUCUGAAAUAUAUACCAGCAUAUUAAGAUAAAUAAAAUUGA